GGUAGCACACUGCGCGUUCGCCUAUUGCGCGUUCUCGUCGACGCACGUCAUCCGACUCGCUUCUCGCGCGCUGGUUAAAAAGAAGACGGAGACGGAUCGGGACAAGCACGUGAGCGCGCGGAAAGCUUCGCGGGAGAGUGAGAGAGAGAGAGAGUGAAAGAGAGAGAGACACGCGACUAAACUUGGUGCUACUUUUUACGCACCGCUUUAACGGGAUUUAACUUUAACGUGCGUGGAAACCAGCUGAGAUUAUUUGCCCGGAUGCAUAACCGUAUUUAUAAUCGCUUUACAUUAUGAAAGAAAACGUUGCUGGGUGUUUUGGUAUCUCCUUGAUAUACACUUGAUAGAAUAUUUGAUGCGAAGUUACUUUACAAAUUCAGCAAAUAUAAAGCAGUAAAGGACAAAAUAAAUUGUUGAAGUGGGGGAAACUUUACUUAUAAAUCCGAGGCAGCAGAGCAACUCUUGUUAGAUCCGUGAUAUAUUUAUUUCUCUGCAAUGAGGCAUCUGAAGUUCGUGCUCGUGUUGGUGAUCGCCGCCGCCGACCUGUGGGAGUGCGCGGACGCCAAGUGGGGCGACAAGAGCGAGCUGAGUCCGCGGAGGCGGAGAUGCUACGAUGGAAGUCUACCGAGACGCAUGAAGAAGAAGGAGCGCAAAGUAGCCGGCGGCGGUGGAGACGUCUGUUCCGCGCUCUACCCGCGCGCCUCGUGCUGCCCAAGCCGCAAAGUCCCGUACCGGACAGACCCCACGAUCUUUUCCACCAAUAACACGGAGUGUUCCAGACUUCUGGAGGAGAUCAAGUGUGCCCGCUGCUCACCAAAUGCCCAGAUGCUCUUCCACUUAUCCGAACAAGAGCCGGGACGACACCGUGAACCAGACCUGCCACGUCUUUGCCUAGACUACUGCCAAGAGUUCUACUACACCUGUAGAGGACAUGUACCAGAGCUCUUCCAAGCCGAUGUAGAUGAGUUCUGCCAAUACUACGGGAGGAGAAAUGGGGGCCUGUGCUUUCCUGAUUUCCACCGAAAGCUACUGCGUGGGCAGGACUCCAACUACUUGGGAGAUGAGCAAAUAGAAGCGAUCAACAGCAGGAAGCAUAAGCACAACUGCUACUGUGCUCAAGAGAUCUUGAGUGGACUACGACAGCCCGUGGCUGUGGUGCAUUGUGGGGAUGGCUCGCAGCGCCUUUUCAUUGUGGAGAAGGAAGGCUUUGUCCGCAUCCUUACUCAUGACAUGGAGCUAUUGAAGGAGCCAUACCUGGACAUCCACAAACUAGUGCAAACUGGGAUCAAGGGAGGAGAUGAAAGGGGCUUGCUAAGCCUGGCAUUCCACCCCAAUUAUAAGAAAAACGGCAAGCUGUACGUCUCCUACACGACGAACCAGGAGCGCUGGGCAAUCGGCCCUCAUGACCACAUUCUUCGUGUGGUCGAGUAUACAGUGUCCAGAAAAAACCCCAACAAGGUGGACACUAGGACCUUUCGAGUCUUAAUGGAGGUGGCUGAGCUCCACAGGAAGCACUUGGGUGGGCAGCUGCUCUUCGGACCAGAUGGGCUUUUGCAUAUAUUCCUGGGUGAUGGAAUGAUCACUCUGGAUGAUAUGGAAGAGAUGGACGGAUUGAGUGACUUCACUGGAUCAGUUCUGAGGGUAGACGUCGAUACGGACCACUGUUCCACACCCUACGUUAUUCCAGGGGACAACCCAUACUUCAACAGCACCAAUCAACCUCCAGAAAUCUUCGCCCAUGGACUGCAUGAUCCUGGCAGGUGUGCAGUGGAUAAACUUCGCAUGGACACCAAUGGGAGCCUCCUGAUCUUGUGCACUGAUGCAACAGGAAGAAACACAACAACAGGAAGGAUCCUGCAGAUCAGCAAAGGGAAAGAUUAUGAAAAUGAAGCAUCGAUUUUUGACGUAGAGUCUGCUGGUGGUGCACUGCCUGUUGGUGGGUUCAUCUACAGAGGCUGUCAGUCAAGAAGACUUUAUGGAAGUUAUGUAUUUGGUGACAAAAAUGGAAACCUCAGAAUACUCCAGAGGCCUGCUGAGGACCGGCUGUGGCAGGAGAAGCCAUUCUGCCUUGGAAGUAGCAGUUCAUGUGGUUCCACAUUGGUAGGCCACAUCCUGGGGUUUGGAGAGGAUGAAGUAGGUGAGGUCUAUAUCUUGGCAUCCAGCAAAAGCUUAGCCAUGCAGUCACACAGUGCGAGGCUCUACAAGCUGGUGGACCCUAAAAGGCCUCAGGUGCCUAAGGAAUGCCGGCGGCCAGUAGAAGCUCCAGAGAUGCUGAGCAGCUCGUGUUCUCGGGAAUGCAAAAAUGGCCACUGCACUCCCACCGGAAAGUGUUGCUGUAACAACGGCUGGGAGGGUCCCUUCUGCUUAAGAGCCAAGUGUGAACCCACCUGCCGAAACGGAGGAGUCUGCAUCGAACCUAACAAGUGCUUCUGUAAGGAAGGCUUCUCUGGGGCACAGUGUGAGAAAGGAGAGCGAGGCGUAGAAGAGGAUCAGGACAAAGAUGGCAUUUUAGAUCACAUCAUCGAUAUGACAUCAUAUCUGCUGGACCUCACUAGUUACAUUGUCUAAAUAGCGCAGGGAGACUGAGCAACUCUACUCCGGUCUGGAGGCGGAACUUUAAGGAGACUUUUUUCUUGAGGGUUUGCCUUCAGGACACCAACACCCGCAACCUCCAACUGCAUCCCAUCUUCAUUACCACAAUCAUCACUGACUACCCAUGUGGUGGACCAUCAUUGGUCAAUUAAUGCUGGUAUUUACUCCCAAAGUUGGUUGAUGCAUUCAAAUUCUUGUUUGGGUUAACCUCGUAGACUCAUCCUGACAUUUAGCAGGUUUAAUUUUUAUAUAUAUUAAAUUAUUGACAAAGAUCCCACUAUGAGAUUCAGUGCAAAUACCAUUGGUUCAAAAUUAGAUAUAGCACUGUCCCAGGCGUCAUUUACACAACCAUAAACUUAGUGAUAUGAAAUAGGAGUCCAUGAGAAGCCCUUGCACAAUGCUAAAGGGUCCAGCACUCAGUGCUUUAGCUAUCUCUUUGCUGUGUAUUCUUCCGGACUCAGCCCGUAUUCUUCUUCUAUGAUUGGCCAGUGAAAAGGAUAUGCCUCAAAUCGCUGGACUCACAAUCUAAGCUCAGUUUGGACAGUCUGUAUAAACCCUGCACAUGACUAUAAACCGACUGCACAACCAUUGAAAGACCAAUAUACAAAAUCAAGACAUAUAAGGCUACAAAGCUCACUCUGGGAAAUCAAAUGGACAGUCUACCUGACUGAAGCUCCUCACAGGAAGUCAUAGUGGCUCUGGAUCCAUAACCUCACACCAAAGGCUUAGCCAAAUAACAUAUAUAUA